GCGUGGGCCUUGAAGGCUUCGCGCAGUGAGUUGGAUACCCGACGCGCGAUCAAGGGGAUGCUAGGGCCGAUGAAGAGCAUCCUUUGGACGGACCACGCUAACCUGACGAGGACUCAGCACAGAUCCCUUUCGGGGAGGUCUGCCAAGUUUGCAGAUGGUCUGGUAGGCCAGCUGAGAGGGUUCUCGUGCUGGGAAUACCUGGACGAUGAAGCGGAAGAGGUCGCCGUAGCUGAUGAAGGGAGCAGGAGUCGUUCCGACCUUGAAGGUACGGUGUGUGCCGGGGGUUACUGCAGACCAGAACAACGGAUGACCAUGACUUCGAGCCUGAUGCGUCGUUUGCGCGACUCGUUCGGAGAGAACGUCAAGGCGAAGCUGACUGGAAGAAAGCUAGCCAACGCGACUCGAGUAGACCGUUUUACAAGUGCAGUGAAAGUCUUGCGGGAUGUCGCCUUCCACAAGUCGGCUUUCGCGACAGGCGAAGGUCAGGGCGGAGCUGUUGUUGCGGUUCUUGCCAAGCCAGUGGCUGUGGAAAGCGUCCUGCUCGCCCGAUAUGUGAAGGCGGAACAAGGACGGGAUAUCGCUUUGAGCUGGAGCGCCGUGAAGCUCUUGGUCGCGGAGAGGCCGAGGCUAGGAACAGCGAAGCCCGGUGGGGACUUGUUGCUUGAGGCUUGCCCCGAGCUCCUGGAACCGUGUCCCGUCACUGACUUGCCGCUGUUGGUUACUCCGGAGCCUCAGAUCCCCGAGCUGACCGUCAGCGGGCUCCGAGAGCUGUUUUCAGCUCCGGAGCCGCUGCCUCGGAGAAAGGCCGUCCUGGACGUGAAGACCUUUGUUAACCCUAAGUGGCCGAUCACACUCUACGCCAAGGACUGGCGGCGGUCAGUCGGGGAUGAGUCUUGGAAGGCGAACUGGGAGAGGCUGAGCUACCACCUAGACGCAUUGAGCGACGUAGGAAGGGAUAGGGGAACUUUCGAUGGACGGGAAGACCGGACGAGGGAGACGUCCUCGUUACUCUUCCAUUUCCUGACGCAUUACUUUCCUGUGCAUACGGUGCAUUGGGAGCGCGUAGAAGGAGACCCGAGCGUGGAAACGUGUCACGGUCCAUGGUUCGAGAAGUCCGAAGAAGGGUGA